AAAAUGCUAGGGAAUGUAUUCGGUGAAGUGAGUAGCUGUGAAGACCACCUUGGAAGGAGAACCCCCAAUCAAAAGAAGCUUGUUAAAUGAAUUUGACAGGAUAAUGGAAAAUCAAGAAAAAUCCUUACAAGCUUCAAAAAGUACUCCAGAUGGCACAAUAAAAGAUAGAAGAUUAUUUAUGCAUCACCUUUCCUUAAAGCCAGUUAGCUGUGUACCAUUUUGCACAACUAAAAAACGGCAAGAAAAACAGAAUGUGAAUUUUACUGCACCUGGUCAGGAAUUUCUAUCCAGGUCUCAUUUUGUUGAACACUUGGCUUUGGAAAAACCUUCCAGCAGUUUGUCCACUUCAGGACAGCAACAUUACCAAGUUCCUGCCACAAGAACUGAAAAAACGAGACACUCGAUUCCUUCAGGCAAACCAACCAAAGUCUUUGUUCCGCCGUUUAAAACGAAAUCACAUUCUCACAGAAAUGAACAGUGCGCUGCCAGGGAGGUCGAUGUGGAAGACAACGAACAGACACAAAAAAAUACAGUUAAGCCUGGCUCUGCUGCUGGUGAGAGUAACGUCAGUGAGAGUGGGGUUCCUCCCCUCAACAAAAAUGACCCCAAUCUGGCAGCAGCUGUCACAUUCAGAGAGGGCGGAGAAGAGCCACUAGAUUUAAUUACAAAUCUUCAGAAUGCGAGAGAUAGACAGGAUAAACGAAUUAAAAUGAAGCAACAGCAGCGUGUCUGUCCACAGCCAGGCAGUCUGUAUCUUGCCAAAACGUCCACGGGGCCGAGACUGUUGCUGAAAACCGCAGUCGGAGGCCGGGUCCCCGCCACGCGUUCUCGUGAGCAGCUGUAUAUGUGUGGCGUUCCUAAACAUUGCGUAAAAAUUAACAGCAAGAACGCAGAGUCUUUUCAGUUUCACGUUCGGGAUUAUUUUGGAAAGGAGGCCUUACGGGCUGGAAAGGGAAUACAGUUGGCUGAUGGUGGAUGGCUCAUACCCUCCAAUGAUGGAAUGGCUGGAAAAGAAGAAUUUUAUAGGGCUCUGUGUGACACCCCCGGUGUGGAUCCAAAGCUCAUUUCUAGAGAUUGGGUCUAUAAUCACUACAGAUGGAUCAUAUGGAAACUGGCAGCUAUGGAAUUUUCUUUCCCUAAGGAAUUUGCUAAUAGAUGCCUAAGCCCAGAAAGGGUGCUUUUUCAGCUGAAAUACAGAUAUGAUAUGGAAAUUGGUAGAAGCAGCAGAUCCGCUAUAAAAAAGAUAAUGGAAAGGGAUGACAGCCCCGCAAAAGCCCUUGUUCUCUGUGUUUCGGCAAUUGUUGCAUCAAGCCUGGAUGUCCAUGAACCCUCCAGCAGUAAGACCAGUAGUGUGGAUAUCAGAAACGCGGCCGUCCUUGAGCUUACAGACGGGUGGUAUGCUGUCAGAGCCCAGCUCGACGCCCCCCUCUCAGCACUCCUGAAGAUGGGCAGGCUGACGGUGGGUCAGAAGAUCAUUACGCAUGGAGCAGAACUGGUGGGUGCUCAGGAUGCUUGCACACCUCUGGAAGCCCCAGAAUCUCUCGUGUUAAAGAUCUCUGCUAACAGUACCCGGACUGCUCGUUGGUAUGCCAAACUUGGCUUCUUUCCCGACCCUAGGCCUUUUUCUCUGCCCUUGUCUUCUCUGUUCAGUGACGGCGGCAGUGUUGGCUGUGUUGAUGUGAUCAUUCAAAGAACUUACCCUGUACAGUGGGUGGAGAAGACAUCCUCUGGAUUAUACAUAUUUCGUGAUGAACGAGCAGAAGAAAAGGAAGCAGCAAAAUAUGCAGAGACCCAACAAAAGAAGCUAGAAGCCCUGCUCACAAAAAUUCAAGUGGAAUUUGAAGAGCAGGAAGAAAAUACUCCUAAACGAUGUAGACCAUCACGGGCACUAACAAGACAGCAAGUCCGUGCCCUGCAAGAUGGUGCAGAGCUGUAUGAAGCCGUGAGGAACACACCAGACCCGGGUUACCUGGAGGAUUAUUUCAGUGAAGAGCAGCUGAGAGCCUUGAAUAACCACAGACAGAUGUUGAAUGAUAAGAAGCAGGCGCAGAUCCAGCUGGAAUUCAGGAAGGCUGUAGAAUCUGCUGAACAAGGGGAGCCAGCUUUGUCAAGGGACGUGGCGACUGUGUGGAAGCUGCGUAUUGUAAGCUAUGAGGAAAAGGAGGAAGACUCAGUUAUAUUGAGUAUCUGGCGUCCAUCGUCAGAUUUAUUUUCCCUAUUAACGGAGGGAAUGAGAUACAGAAUCUAUCAUCUUGCAGCAUCAAAAUCUAAAAGUAAAUCUGAAAGAGCUAGCGUACAGUUAACAACAACAAAGAAAACCCAGUAUCAACAACUGCCGGCUUCAGAUGAAAUCCGAUUCCAGGUUUACCAGCCAAGGGAACCCCUUCACUUCAACAGAUUAUUAGACCCAGACUUCCAUCCCCCUUGCUCUGAGGUGGACCUGAUAGGAUUUGUAGUUUCUGUUGUAAAAAAAACAGGUUUUGCCCCUGUGGUCUAUUUGUCAAAUGAAUGCCGUGAUCUGCUGGCCGUGAAGUUCUGGUCAGAUCUCAAUGAAGACAUCGUUAAACCUCCUGUGUUAAUUGCUGCCAGCAACCUCCAGUGGCGGCCACUAUCCGGAUCAGGAAUCCCGACUUUAUUUGCUGGCGAUGUUUCCACAUUUUCUGCCAGCCCAAAGGAGAGCCACUUCCAAGAGGCGUUCAGCAAAAUGAAAAAUGCCAUUGAGAACAUUGAUGUAUUUUGCAAUGAUGCAGAAAACAAGCUAAUGCAUAUACUUAAUGCAAAUGAUCCCAAGUGGUCCACCCCGAAUAAAGACUGCCUUUCAGAGCUGCACGCUGCUCAAGCAGUCCUCAGUGCAGACAGUAAGUUUCUGCCAGAAGGGAAGGCUCCUUCCACACCUGUAUCAGCCCAGAAGACUUUGAAAUCUUGGUGUAAAGGGGAGAAAGAAAGUGAUGACCACAGAGCCGCCCGGAAGAGAAGAGCCUUGGACUUGCUGAGCAGACUGCCUCUGCCUCCGCCUGUUAGUCCGGUCUGUACGUUUGUUUCUCCGGCUGCACAGAAAGCAUUCCAGCCGCCACGGAGUUGUGGCACCAAGUACAAAACGCCUAUCAAGAAAAAAGAACUGACUUCUCCUCAGUUGACUCCACGUAAAAAAGUCAGUGAAAGUUCUCUUUUGGAAAGCGAUUCGAUAGCUGACGAAGAACUUGCCUUGAUAGACACUCAGGCCCUGUUGUCUGGCUCAGCAGGAGAAAGUCCGCUCACACCUAUCGGUGGUCCCACUAGGACUGCGGCCACUAGGUCAGAAGGCCAGCCGGGACUGCAGACGCUUUAUGGUGCAUCUGUGGUCAGAGAACGGGAAGAUCCCCCAGCCGGCGCAGAAGAAGGUGGGACUCCUGUGCAGGAGACGAGCGUAACACAGAGCACACCCACGAGACUUCACAGGCGACCGAAGCGCACGUGACAUGAACGAGCUGCUGACUCUUAGCCUUCCCAGUGUGAAAAGCAGACAGAAUUCCAGGCUGCGCAUCAGCAUUGACGUGAGAAAACAGAUGGUUCAAGUGCACCUAAGGGAGCGUGUACCCUCAGGGUGCUGUCUGCCUGCUUCAGUCAUAGACCUGAAAACCAACUCUGUCAGUUUAUUAACUGAGACACAAGUCUUUCAAUCUGUAUGACUUGAUUUGGUCACUACAAGUAUUAUUUUACAAAUGAGGUAAACGUGCCUUUCACUUUCAGAUUGGGGAUGGGUUUCACAGACCUGGUUUCUAAGUACAGUUAUUUUGACUCCCGUGUUCCUCGCGGUGCGAGUUCCUAUUUCAGGCUUUUUUCACGGUGGCUCACUAUGCGCUGCAGCUGUU